CGCCGACGGAAGGCUGCAAAGCGAAAGUGGCUGGCUGCUCUCGCUCUCGGCCGGAGCGCAGCAGCUGCCGGCAGCAGCAGCAGGACCCGCUGCUGUCAAGACAAGCGAAGCGGCGCCGGAGGCGGAGGAGGAGAGACAGCCCGCCCGCGCGCCCGCCCGCCCCUCGACGCGGGCAGUUCAGAAGGUUCUCCACAGACUGAGCAAUGCCUGCAUGGAAAGCCUUGAGACAAAGCUCAGAAGGGCUUCUCCAUUCCUUUUUGCAUGGCCAGGCCCUUGGAUCAGCUGGUGCAGCUGAAGGCACUGAAGAAAGCUAUGAAUAUCUGGUUCGGGCAGGGUCAUGCAAUAGCAGCCCUCACCCUGAUAAACAAGAACUAAGGAUCAUCCUGGUUGGGAAAACUGGAGAAGGGAAAAGUGCCACAGGCAAUACCAUUCUGGGUGAAGAUAAAUUUGAGUCCACGCUUUCAUUACAGUCAGUGACUAAGACUUGUUCAAGUGCUGUCCGGACGAAGGCAUGGAAAGGGAAUAAAGUGGUUGUCGUUGACACUCCAGCCAUUUUUGACUCCAGCAUUAAAGAACCUCAGAAGACCCAGGAGAUUCAGAAAUGCUUCCAUCUGGCCUUGCCAGGCCCCCAUGCUCUGGUGUUUGUGACACAUGUGGAUCGUUUCACAAAGGAAGACAACGAAGCUGUGGGGAUAGUGGAGAAGAUCUUUGGCAAGGAGACUGCAAAGUACAUGAUCAUCUUAUUCACACACAAAGAAGGCCUAGAUGGGAGAGGCCUGGAAGACUAUAUAAAGAACUCAAAGAACAUGCCUCUUCAGGAGCUGGUCAAAAAGUGUAGGAACCGUUGCUGUGCUUUUAACAACAGAGCAACAAGAGAGGAACGGAAUGUCCAAGCUGAAGAGCUGCUCUCUCUGAUUGAGGAGAUGGUGCAGAGGAAUCGGAAGAAGCCGUGUUCUGAGUCAUUGCCAUCAAACCAAGAGGAGCUGGCCAGGGUGGUCCAGCAGCAAAUGGCCAAGCUGGAGAGCCAGCUUCAGCAGCUUCAGCGGCAGUUUGCAGAGUUCUCUGCACAGACCAGCCAGCGACUGGACCGCAUGGAGGAGGACAUCAAAGCUGCCAGGUUUCCUGGUGUGAGGGAGGAGGAGGAGCAGCAUGCAGCUUAGGAUACUCUCCUUUUGUAAAUAUCGAAGAACUUUGUUUUUGUCUAAAUAAAAGAACUUUAU